AUGGUAGAAGUGAUUAUUCUGAUGGGAACCAGGCGCAGAUACUGUAACCAAGAAGUGAUAGUAAGCCUGUUAAGACUGAACGGGUCGUGUGGCUUGUGUUUGGGGGCAAGUGUGUUCUUGGCCAUGUGUGUGUGUGUCAUGUGGCUCUUUAAACUGGCUACGAAGGAGUUGCACACCCACCUUUCUCUGGUUCAGAUACAAAAGGUGGUCACGGCAUUAGGAGAUUACAUGGGUGCGUCCUGUCACGCCUGCAUCAGGGGCACCAAUGUGCGUGCUGAGGUGCAGAAGCUGCAAAUGGAAGCUCCGCACAUCAUCGUGGGCACCCCUGGCCGCCUGUUCGACAUGCUUAACCGGAGAUACCUGUCUCCCAAGUACAUCAAGAUGUUUGUACUGGACGAAGCUGAUGAAAUGUUAAGCCAUGGAUUCAAGGACCAGAUCUAUGACAUCUUCCAGAAGCUCAACAGCAACACCCAGGUGGUUUUGUUGUCAGCUUCAAUGCCUUCCAAUGUGCUCGAGGUGACCAAGAACCUCAUGAGGGACCCCAUCCAGAUUCUUGUCAAGAAGGAGGAGCUGACGCUGGAGGGUAUCCGCCAGUUCUGCAUCAACGUGGAAUGUGAGGAGUGGAAGCUGGACACACUGUGUGACUUGUACGAAACCCUGACCAUAACCCAGGCUGUCAUCUUCAUCAACACUCGAAGGGAAGUCGAUUGGCUCACUGAGAAGAUGCACGCCCGGGACGUCACCGUCUCUGCCAUGCAUGGAGAUAUGGACCAAAAGGAGCGAGAUGUGAUCAUGAGGGAGUUCCGUUCUGGCUCUAGCCGAGUACUGAUUACCACUGACCUGCUGGCCAGAGGCAUUGAUGUACAACAAGUUUCUUUAGUCAUCAACUAUGACCUUCCCACCAACAGGGAAAACUAUAUUCACAGAAUUGGCCAUGGUGGACGCUUUGGCAGUAAGGGUGUGGCUAUUAACAUGGGGACAGAAGAAGAUAAGUGGACUCUAAGAGACAUCGAGACCUUCUACAACACCUCCAUUGAGGAGAUGCCCCUCAAUGUUGCUGACCUCAUCUGAGAAGGGCUGUCCUGCCACCUAGCCCCAGCUGGGGUUCAGUCCUCAGGGGCUGAGGAGCAGCAGGAGGGGGGAGGGGAGGGAGCCAAGGGAUGGACAUCUUGUCAUUUUUUUCUUUUUUUUUUCUUUGAAUAAAUGUCACUUUUUGAGGCAAAAGGAAAAAAAAACUAGAAUUG